CGAACGGAGCGUCGAACAGCGACGGCGACGACGACGACGAUUUCAAAGAAGAGAGCUGCGGAUGCAAGAAAUAAAGAAAGAAAGAAAGAGGGAGGAGGAGGAGGCGCGAGGAUGAGAAGGGGAGAUGGCGGACAUGAGGAGUAGGAGGAGGAGGGCGAGGGAGAGAGCGAGGGCGGUUUUGUUGUUGGGGCAAGGGUGUGCGAUCCGGAGAUAAGAAUGGGAUCUGGAAAAAUGAAAAGGUUUUAAGGGCGGGAGAGAGGAGAAAGGGCAGAGGGCGUGCAGGAAGGAAGGAAGGAAGGAAUAAAUCAAAUCCAUGUUCUGACCUUUUGGGGAACAGUUGGCAAACAAGGGGCGGAAAUUGGGAGAUUUGGAAUUGUCAUUGCUCGAUUGAUUGGUUGAUUGAUUGAUUGAUUGACUCAUCGAUUGAUUGAAUGAUUGUUCCUUCCGAUUGAUCGAUCCGUCGAUUGACUCAAUUAUGAAUUGACUCAGCUCACUGAGCCAUCGAUUGGGCGUUCGAUCGAUCGAUUGUUCGCCUGCUGCUCGUCCUUUAAUCCUCCUCGUCCUCGUUUUCGUUUUAUGCGGCCUUCUCUCGUGACAGGUGCUCUGCGCAGUUCGUAGCCUGUUUGGUCCCUUGCUCGUCACUUGCUCGGGGGUCUGCUACUACAGCGGCGUGUAGAGCGAGCUGGUGAGGAAGAAUUGCAAGUGGACGUGUAAGAGUGGACCUUCGUUUGGACGGUAUCUUGUCGGCCUGCCUAAACGUCCGGCGGAAGGAGCGGUAGUGAAGCGUGCCCACGCUGGCUCGUCGCUGCGUGGCGAGCGAGACACAGAGAGAGCGAGAGGCAGACAGGACGUUGACGCUGAAGCAGACCGAACGACUGCAGUUCGGCAGUUUGAAUCCCGCUUGCUCGAUUCUGCACAAGUGUAUAAAGGGAGACGGCGCUUUCUCAGAGCCCGGAAGACUGCAGUUUGCCAGAUCCAAUCACUGUUGUCCCUGCAAAUUUCGAGCUCCUGCUGUACAGUGUCGGAGAGAGCGAGAGUAAGUAGGUAGAGAGUCCCGUAGAACGAGAGAGACGAGCGGAGCAGGUGCGAAGAUUUCCAUCAUUAUCGGCUCGAAGGUUUUCACCGUUAGGAAAUCGGAUGGACGGUUAUUGAGCGGAAACCCACAGGUUGUGAAUACGGGCUGAGUUCAGUUUCGGGAAGUCUUCUAGUCGAUGCUUACGGAGAAUUAGAGGCGCGGAGUUCCCAAAUAUUUCCCAGAUUUUGUUUGCAGAAUUCGGAACGAAGCUAAGGCGUUAGAAAAUUCCUUCUGCGAGCGCCGAAGGUUUAGUGGCUUGUGGAGAGGGAAGGUGAAACAACUGAUUUGUUGUCGACAAAACGUUCACCACGGCGCGAAAGGCGAGCACGGGGGGGAUUAUGCCUUUCAAAGGCAGAAUCUCUCCCUUCUUGGUUCUUGUGGUGGUAGCGUUCGCCUUGGUGGGGUUGGUUAGCUUCCAAACCUUGAAAGAGCGGAAAAACACAAGCGCUCUUCUGGAGCAGAGUCAAUCCGAGCUGGGAAAGAUCGAGACACAAUUGAAGGACCAUGUCAAAGCAUCUCAGAGCAAGGAUGAAUCUUUGAAGGUGAUGGAAGAUGAAAGAGAUUUUUUGAAAAAGCAGCUCGCGGAGCUUCGACGGCAUGCUGAUUCUACACAGGAAGAUCUUAAAGCGACCCUGAAAAAACGGGAAGAGCAACUUCAGGAUAUAACAGAAAACCACAGGAAGGCUUUGGUCGAGGUGGAACAGCUCAAGGGACAACUGAACCAGAAGGAGGGAGAGAUAGUUGCAGUUCGAACUCAGCUGCAGGAAUAUGCAUUUGCCAAAGCCAGAGAAAGCGCUGAGCAGCUGAACAAAGAUAGCAAGGGAACGAAAACCGUCGACGAAAAUCUAGAUGAAGUCAAACCUGCUGAUGAGGCUGGAAUUGCUGAUAGAUCCAAACUACAAGAAGAGGAGGAGUUGCAGCUGAAAAAAGAGACUGAAUCGUUGGCUGUUGAGAAGGAAAUGGACGAAAGAAGUAAGCCGACCGUGACUGAUGAAAAAUCUGGCGAUGGUCAUGACGACCAAAUCGAAAAUCCCAAUCAAGAACAGCAGGUCGGCGAUGCGAAGCAAGAAACGCAGAAUAAGGCUGACCGGGAUACAGCAGACGAGGAUAGAAUUGAGCUUGCUGUGAAGGAUGAAAACAAGGACAUUCUUCAAGAUGAAGAGACUGACGAGCAAGAGUUAGCAGAUCGCCGAGACGAAACUGAAGAUAAUGAUACCUUAGAUACCGGUAAAUCCUCCCAGGAUGAAGAGGAACAUCAGGAAAUGAAUAGUGAUCUUAUGAGUGACAUGAGAGCAGAUCACGACGACGAUACCACACAACAAGCAGAACGUGGGUUAGACUGAUGUCAUUGAGCACGAAGCUCUGCGACCAAUUCCGCUCUCCUCGCCUGCUUCAAAGGAGUUCUUACGUUCAAUGGAGGCCACUUUUUCCACCUGCAAGCGGCACUUCACCUACUGCGAGUCUCUUGUGGUGGUGGUCUUCUCCAUUCUGUCUAAUCAGAAUAUAGGUUACAGAAAAAUCAAGCCUGUUUCGAAAAUAUAUUCUAGCUGGGAAAGUCAGGCAUGGAUCUGUCAGCUAUAAGCUGAAAGUUUCCGGUGCGUACAGGUGCAAACUGUGUUCGCCAAGAAGUUGGUUGUAUAAAGCUUACCUCAAGCUUGCUGAUCUCAAAUCUACGGUCCCUACUGCAGACUGAUAUUGUGGUGGUGAAUAGGUGAGGUUUGGACUGAACUGUACGGCGGCGAAGUUCGGCUCUACUUCCCUUCCAUUUGUGGACGAAAUUCAGUCCACGUACACGGCUUCAGAGUUGCACUAUGAUUUCCUGUAGCUCUUACGUUCUGUAUUAUUAUUAAAUUAAGCAGUUACGUAGUAUCAUCAGGCCACAGCCAAAUUUCUGUCAUUCCUUAAGACGGUACAUAUCAGAAUAUCGUCAAUGCUUUUUAGAUGAAAUGAAACUCUCUCAUUGAGGAUACCAGAUUUGCCAAAGGACAGCUGGAAUUGGACUACCGGGAAUAUGAGCCACACUGGGAAGGAGCCAGGACUUUACACUUACCUAUAUGCGUCUCCCUGGCGGUUCAUACUUCCGUGGUUGCAAUGAGUGAUAGUCACACGAAUGGAUGGUGGAUGUCAUGAUUUAUUGUGCCCGGACGCAGUUGCCCCCUCCAUGAUAUCGCGUGUCUGUCGUCCUGUUUUUACCUGCUGCCUGCAACUCUUGUGAAGUUCCGUCCUUGUCUGCAGAGUGAAGUGGUCUUCCUUGCAACCAUCACUAUCAAGUCAUCGUGAGGAUUUUCGAAUGUUCGACCGGGCUCCGACUUUUAUUAUAAUCUACUGACGUUGUGUUCUAUUAUUAGGCUCUCCUCACUCGCUCCUAAUGAGAUGCCCUCCUGCGCUUACUGCACAUCAUCCUCAGACUGCCACUUUCCAGCUCACUCGUGGUCCUAUAUUGGCCGAUAAUGUAAUGGGAUCGGUAAACCUCAUGCCAUGGUACUCUCGUUUUCUGCCAACAUUCCUCAGCCUUUUCACGCUCAUCAUGAGAGUGUAGUACAUCCUGACUGUUUAGUGCCAGAGAAUCCGUUCCUCUUGUUUCGACUGCGCAUGAUUUCACGGCAGAGUGGAGGCUUCCCAUUGCUGGAGAGGUACGUUUCGUAGAAUGUCCAAGCACUUAAGGCAACAGUCAGGGUACUAACCUCUGUCCGAAAUCGUACCUGGCCACUACAAUAGCCUCUGACUGCCGACCCAGACAUGAGUCCUCUUUAAUAUCGAAGCGCAGUCCUGUGCAUCAGGUUUGAUACCUCCUGAUGAGCAGGAACUCUAGCUACAGAGGAGUUGUUUUCAUGGGAUGGAAAAUGCUCAAUCAAUGCUACCCCACCCGCUCAGUCUAUCACAGCCAGCUCCGCAUGGUGGAAGAGGGAUCUCGGUCCGUUUUGCUGAUCGGGUAAAUUCGUCCUCCACCCCUCGAAGUAGACACGAUCCUGCAUCAUCCCCCCGCGAAGGUCCCUCGGAACGUGUUCCAACGUGCCCUGAACCUCCCCGAGCAUGACAACGUGCUACGCUAGAGUCCAAACUUACGAGGACUCGUUACCACCCUAAGGCCUCUCUCACAGACUUCCGACUGCGUACGACCUCCAAGUCCGAAGUCCGAAGCGGACUACGGCGACCUGCGGUUGAGAUCAACUUCUUCGAGGCUCUGGGACGACCAGAGCUUCCGCAGCUCUCGAACAACUGCGUAUGGGGGAAGAUGCGUCCGUGACCUCCUCCACUCCGGUGCCGUUUCGUUCGCAAGCAGCUCCUCGGAAUUCGAAAUCGAAUUCUCUCGGCCCCUAUUAGAAUUCGAACGGAUCUCGCCGAGCGAAAUCGCCGCUCCGCUGAACUGUCGGAAAUCAUCGGCUCCAGCAGCGCAGUCCACGGCUGCGCAAUGUAACCACGUGAGCCGAUCGGGCCUUAGGGCUCACGUGGAGGGCGUGAGAGAUAUCCGACUCCACCAGUGUGAACGCGAACAAUUUGCACCGAGCCUGCCAGCACUCACUCCGACAAGGAAGCGGAAGCCUUCUCGAAAUAGAACUCGGGAUCGGAGUCAGUCUGUGGAACAACGUGCAUGAUUCGACCCGCUCGGCAGCGGUUGCCCCGCCCGGGAUUGCCCGGCGGUUCUUGCCAAGUGGAGGCCGGCCGGCCGGACGGGCGGUCGGUUGAUCUGCGUCCGCGUUGGCGUUGGCGCUGGAAGGAGCGCGCGGCAGGGAUGAUGGCGCGGCGAGAGGGCGCGGGCGGGCGGGACGAAGCUGGGCUCCAUGCACGUUGAACCGAACGCUCCGAUCCCUUCGGUUCGCACGGACGAUGGCCAACAGUUCGAAAUCGGGUCUCGGGACGUUCGCGCGGCACUUCCUGGGAUCUCGCUCAACAGUUCAAAAUCGGGCGCGGUGCGUGCCAUCGUUGCCACCUUUGGGCGCGGCCGAAGUUUGGUUC